GCAGUACCAUAAAAGUAAAGUAAGAGAGAGAGAGUAAGUGAAAGAGAGAGAAUGAGAAUUGUGGGUGAAGAAGUGAGAAAAGGGCCAUGGACUGAACAAGAAGAUGUUCAGCUGGCAUUUUAUGUGAACUUGUUUGGCGAUCGCCGGUGGGAUUUUCUGUCCAAAAUCUCAGGUUUGAAAAGAAGUGGAAAAAGCUGCAGGUUGCGGUGGGUUAACUACCUCCACCCUGGGCUCAAACGCGGCAAGAUGACUCCUAAUGAAGAACGCCUCAUUCUUGAACUCCACUCCAAAUUGGGCAACAGAUGGUCAAAAAUUGCUCGGAAAUUGCCGGGGCGAACGGACAAUGAGAUCAAGAAUUACUGGAGGACUCAGAUGAGGAAAGAGGCUCACGACAAGAAGAAGAAGAAGCAGCAGCAGAAGGGCGGUGGCGGCGGCGCUUCUUCAUCUCCGUCGUCGCUGUCGAAUUCUUCCUCCUCUUCUUCCGGCAGCCCCGGGGAGGAGUCUACGCCGGCGGUAGUGGGGGCUAACGAGAGGGCCUUCUACGAUACCGGAGGGUUCGUGGAGGCGCCACCCCCGCCGCCGCGCGCCGAUAACGGAGAAAAGAUGGGCGGCGGUGUGAAGGUUUACUCCAUGGAUGAGAUAUGGAAAGCUAUUGAGUCGCCGGAAAUUCAAGAAAGUCACGGCGGCGGUGAACGUAGCAUGAUUGGAUCUGCAAUAUGGGAUGAUUAUUCAGUAUGGACGAUGGAUUAUGAUUACCAAGAAGAUGAAAGAAAUUUGGUGGCGCCUGUUAGCGACCAGUUUUACAGCUGGUUUGACAACCAGCUAGAUUUUGCACAUAAUACAUUCUUAACUGGCUAGCUAAUUAUAUUAUAUAUUAUUUCAUACUUUGUCGUCACGCCGUCUCCGGUCCCGCUACACCGCCGAUGUGGUCUGUCCUCACCACCUUAAAUGUCGAUCUUGUACUAUAUGUAUGUAAUCAUGUUGUGAUGAUCAAACUCUAGCCUCUCUUCUUUUUAGUUUCUAGCUCUCACACUGUGUUUUCU